AUGUUCCAAGGCCGACUGGAGCUUGCCCAAUAUGUCAAGUGUUUUCACAUUGGGGAGGAAGUGUUCUACGUCGAAGACUUUUCCGCUGAGGAAACCCAACUCUGCCGGGAUUUUGGAGUCCAGCUUGGCCUGCCCAUCACACAAACAGAGCCCGACUCGACUACCCUAUUCUCGAGUCUCAUCCUGAGCAGGUGCACCGGCGUCGAAGAGCUCUGCAUGCUCUCCCCUUACGGCGAUCGCGAUGAUGUGCUCUUCCCUGACGUCGAUACACUCCCGAACGUGAAGAGUGUGCUUAUCUCGCAUCACGACACGGAGUUCGGCUUCAAUUUGCAGGAUCUGAAUAACGUCUUCUCCGCAACGCCGAACGUGACGUCUCUGAGCGUUUUCGCCAUGGACGGCGCCGGGCUCACUCUGAACCUGGCGAACCUCCGACGGCUCAGGGUCAUGCAGAGCAGGUUGGACGCAGAAGAUUUUGCGUUGUUGAUGGGGCAGUGUCCCAGACUGGAAUGGAUGAGCUACCAACUUGGUGACGUGAUGGUCUCGUACGAGGAGCCGGCCUCGCCUCGUGAAAUGCAGGACGCAAUCGUCAGCCACACGCCUCGGCUAAGAUACCUCGAACUUAGCAUGCUGGACAGAACCGAAUAUCUCCAACACGACGAUUACGAUGAGACUCAAAUGCUCCAGACCUUGAAGGAACUGGGGCAGCUGGAAGUGCUCAAGCUUGACUUGGAGUAUCUCAUCGACCCGCUGGGCGGCACUCUACGACCCACUGCGCUGGUAGAAUUGUUCCCGAUUUCGAUUCGCGACGUUGAGAUCACGACCAUAGAACGGAAGAAUCGGGAAGGGCUUUUGGAGGCGCUGGGAGAGGUGGCGAGAAGCUGCAAAACUGAUUUCCCACGACUGGAAUCAGUCAAAUGCGGCGCGAGUACGCUGGAUGAGAACCAGAAACAGAAGGCAAUGGGUUACUUUGCGCGAUCCAGGGUCAGGUUCUCAAUGUUACCUCCCGGACCAUGGGAUUGA